GUCCCACAAUGCAAGAUGAGGACACCUCUCCUCUGGACACUUCCUGUCGUGUUGGUCAGUUACCUGGUGGGUGGAACCCUGGAGGAGAAUCGGGAGACCAGGUCUAGUCCCAGCUCUGUCACUAACCAACUGAGCGAUCCUAGGCGCAUCCCUUCCUACCUGGGCCCUGGGCUCUUGCCUGUAAUGGAAAUGGAGACACAUCCUGCAGGAUUUGACAAGAACAGCGACCUGCUCCUGCCUGUCACCUGUCCUCAUCGUUAUUCCCACUCACCACCGCCUUCUCUGUCCGUAGACAACCUUUUAGUUCUCACGGUGGCCACGAAGGAGACCGAGGGGUUCCGGCGCUUCAAGCGGUCAGCCCAGUUCUUCAAUUACAAGAUCCAGGCGCUGGGCCUGGGGGAGGACUGGAAUGGAGACAAGGUGACAUCGGCCGGGGGAGGGCUGAAGGUUCGGCUGCUGAAGAAAGCCCUGGAGAAGUAUGCCGACAAGGAGAACCUGGUCAUUCUCUUCACAGACAGCUAUGACGUGGUGUUUGCAUCGGGGCCCCGGGAGCUCCUGAAGAAGUUCCGGCAGGCCAGGAGCCAGGUGGUCUUCUCGGCGGAGGAGCUCAUCUACCCGGACCGCAGGCUGGAGGCCAAGUACCCGAUGGUGUCCGACGGCAAGAGGUUCCUGGGCUCCGGAGGCUUCAUCGGUUAUGCCCCCAACCUCAGCAAACUGGUGGCCGAGUGGGAGGGCCAGGACAGUGACAGCGACCAGCUCUUUUACACCAAGAUCUUCUUGGACCCAGAGAAGAGGGAUCGGAUCAAUAUCACCCUGGACCACCGCUGCCGCAUCUUCCAGAACCUGGACGGAGCCUUGGAUGAGGUUGUGCUGAAGUUUGAAAUGAGCCAUGUUCGAGCUCGGAACCUGGCCUAUGACACACUCCCAGUCCUGAUCCAUGGCAACGGGCCUACCAAGCUGCAGCUGAACUACCUGGGCAACUACAUCCCGCGCUUCUGGACCUUUGAGACUGGCUGCGUCGUGUGUGACGAGGGCCUGCGGAGCCUCAAGGGCAUUGGGGAUGAAGCUCUGCCCGUAGUCCUGGUUGGCGUGUUCAUCGAACAGCCCACGCCGUUCCUGUCCCUGUUCUUCCAGCGGCUGCUGCGCCUCCACUACCCCCAGAAGCGGAUGCGGCUCUUCAUUCACAACCACGAACAACACCACAAGGCUCAGGCGGAGCGCUUCGUGGCGGAGCAUGGUGCCGAGUACCAGUCUGUGAAGCUGGUGGGCCCCGAGGCGCGCGUGGCGAACGCUGAUGCCAGGAACAUGGGCGCGGACUUGUGCCGGCAGGACCAUGGCUGCACCUACUACUUCAGCGUGGAUGCCGACGUGGCCUUGACGGAGCCCAAAAUCCUGCGCCUGCUGAUUGAGCAGAACAAGAACGUCAUCGCCCCAUUGAUGACCCGCCACGGGAGGCUGUGGUCGAACUUCUGGGGGGCACUGAGCGCAGAUGGCUACUACGCCCGCUCCGAGGACUAUGUGGACAUUGUGCAGGGGCGGCGUGUUGGCGUCUGGAACGUGCCCUACAUCUCGAACAUCUACCUGAUCAAGGGCAGUGCCCUGCGGGCUGAGCUGCAGCAGACAGACCUGUUCCACCACAGCAAGCUGGACCCCGACAUGUCCUUCUGCGCCAACAUCCGGCAGCAGGAUGUGUUCAUGUUCUUGACCAACCGGCACACCUUUGGCCACCUGCUCUCCCUGGACAACUACCAGACCACCCACCUCCACAAUGACCUCUGGGAGGUGUUCAGCAACCCUGAGGACUGGAAGGAGAAGUACAUCCACGAGAACUACACCAAGGCACUGGCGGGGAAGCUGGUGGAGAUGCCUUGCCCGGACGUCUAUUGGUUCCCCAUCUUCACGGAGACGGCCUGUGACGAGCUGGUGGAGGAGAUGGAGCAUUACGGCCAGUGGUCUCUGGGAGAUAACAAGGACAACCGCAUCCAGGGCGGCUACGAAAACGUGCCGACCAUCGACAUCCACAUGAACCAGAUCAACUUUGAGCGGGAGUGGCACAAGUUCCUGGUGGAGUACAUCGCCCCCAUCACCGAGAAGCUCUACCCCGGCUACUAUACCAGGGCCCAGUUCGACCUGGCCUUUGUUGUCCGCUACAAGCCCGACGAGCAGCCCUCGCUGAUGCCACACCACGACGCCUCCACCUUCACCAUCAACAUUGCCCUGAACAGGGUCGGAGUGGAUUAUGAGGGCGGGGGCUGUCGGUUCCUGCGCUACAACUGCUCCAUCCGAGCCCCACGGAAGGGCUGGACCCUCAUGCACCCCGGGAGACUCACACACUACCACGAGGGGCUCCCCACCACCAAGGGCACCCGCUACAUCGCUGUCUCCUUCGUCGAUCCCUAAGUGGCCAGGCCCGGCCACCUCGGACUUUUCCUCUCUGCCAACAACCACUGCCCAGCAGCCUCUGGGGCCUCGGGGUCCCAGGGAACCCGGUCACGGUCUCCAGGGUCUUGACCUCCCGCUGUUCUUGGAGCUGCCAUCAGAGAGACUGGGCCGCAGGCCGAGGCGAGGACACCUCCUUGGCUCUGGCUUUCCUGGUGCUCUGGGCCCAGCCCCAGGCUGCUUGUUCACUUUCACUGUGUUGUACCAACUCAACUUUUCUACUUGUCUUCCUGACAAACCCAGCCCCCCCAUCCUCUGAUUCUUCCGUCUGUGACACUUGAGCAGAAGAGAGACUCUAGGGGCAGGUGCCACCCCGGGCUCCUCCCAGGCAGAGCUGAGCCCCAGGGCCUUCCGCUUCAAGCUUCCGGUAGAUGCAAGACCUGGGUCAGACUCAGGUCCUCACCCUGACCCUGGGACUGUGGAAGCCCCCCCUUUCCUGGCUCCUGUCAUGGAGCAACACAUUGUCCCCGGAGAUGGUGACUCAGCAGACUUCCUGGAACACAGGAAAGGCAUGGAGGCCACAGCGCCAUCCUCUACUUGAUCCUUGCUGGGGAGAAAGGAGUGAUAUGUCCACACACUGCACUGCGUCACCCUGUCCCGGAUGUCGCUGGAGGGAGGGACAGGCAGAGGCAGGAGAGUUUCUAUUAAAAGUCAUUCAAACCACUGA